ACUGCGGUAUACCUUAGAAACGGUUAUCAUCCCAUACCUAGACACAGGCAAAUAAAACCGCAGUGAUGAUGAGUUUUCCAUCAGUGUUCAUGGAGCGUCGGUGCUUUUUAUAGACUGAUGAGUGAACAUGAUGAAGCUCUCGAGGUGAUGCUGACUGAACGCAGGGGCCAUCAUAUAUGGAAAUGCAGUUUUUGACUUCUGAACUCGCUCUUUUAUCGAUGUGGUUUGUGGUCGGUUGCCAUGGUGACAAUUAAGGAGUGUUUUCCAGAGCAGCCUGAGGUAGAGAGAGAGAGAGAGAGAGAGAGAGAUCAGGUUUACUGAAAACAAUCAAACCUGGAGCUCAUCUGUGUGGAUUCUCUGGAAAUAAACUCUUUAAAACACGUCCUGCUGGUUUGACCGAGCGCUAGGAUGCGAUCCAAUGUCAUGCCAUCACAAAGGCAGGAAUUUUAUGCUUCAAAAAUGAUGGUGGUGAAAGACAAUAUCACCUGCGGCUUGAGGAGGAAAACUUGAAAGGAGGAAUAAAAUAGGCUGUUUGACCGCGUGCGUGAAGAUAAUCCAGAGUUUCAUCAGAAGAUCAUCGCCAUCAGCAGUGAAUUAAUGCAGCCCGGUCUGGCCAUCAGUGCACAAGAUGUAGAAACACUCACUUCCCGUGUGCACAUCGUCUUCCACUGCGCCGCCACCAUACGCUUCGACGAGCCGCUCAAGCACGCUCUUCAGCUGAAUGUGAUGGCGACGCAGCAGCUCCUCUCUCUGGCGCAGCAGAUGCAGCAGCUUCAGGCCUUCAUCCACAUCUCCACCGCAUACGCGAACUGCAACCGCAGACACAUCGACGAGCUCAUCUACCCACCACCCGUCGAGCCCAGAAAACUCAUCGACUCCCUCGAGUGGAUGGAUGAAAGUAUUAUUCGUGACAUCACGCCGCGUCUGAUCGGUGAUUGGCCGAACACCUACACCUACACCAAAGCUCUGGCCGAGUGCGUGGUGCAGCAGGAAAGCGCAAAACUCAACGUGGGCAUCGUUCGACCCUCCAUAGUGGGAGCCAGCUGGCAGGAGCCCUUCCCCGGUUGGAUAGAUAACUUCAAUGGGCCGAGUGGUGUUUUCAUUGCUGCUGGGAAGGGUAUCCUGCGCACCAUGCGGGCCAGUAAUGACGCAGUGGCUGAUCUGAUUCCUGUUGAUGUGGUGAUCAACCUGACGCUGGCAGCCGGCUGGUACACCGCUGUUAACAAACCUAAAACUGCCCUGGUGUACAACUGCACAACUGGAGGAAUAAACCCCUUCCACUGGGGGGAGAUCGAGCAUCACGUGAUGUCAACAUUUAAGAGGAAUCCUCUUGAACAAGCCUUCCGUCGGCCAAACGCAAACAUCACCUCAAACUACCUGAUCUACCAGUACUGGAUCCUCGUCAGUCACAAAGUCCCGGCGCUGCUGUAUGACCUGCUGCUGCGGCUCUCCGGACACAAACCACAAAUGAUGCGUAUUUUCAACCGUCUGCAUAAAGCCAUUGGUCUGCUGGAGUAUUUCAGCAGUCAGGACUGGGAGUGGAACUCGGAUAACAUGAACAUGCUGAUGGCUCAGCUGAGCACCGACGACAGGAAGAUCUUCAACUUUGACGUUCGUCAGCUGAACUGGCCUGAGUACAUCGAGAAUUACUGUAUCGGCACCAAGAAAUACGUUCUGAAUGAAGACAUGUCCGACAUUCCUGCCGCCAGACAACACUUGAGGAAACUGAGGAACAUCCGCUACACCUUCAACACGGUGCUGCUGGUCUUCAUCUGGCGUGUGUUCAUCGCCCGCUCUCAGAUGGCUCGUAACAUCUGGUAUUUCGUGGUGAGCCUCUGCUUCAAGUUCCUGUCCUACUUCAGAGCAUCCAGCACACUGACACAAUGACCACAGCGCACAGGAAGUGUGUGUGUGUCUUCCUCUGCCCAGCACUUCCUACUCCAGAGAGGUGUCUUCAGCCAUACAUAUACAGACACACACAAGCAUACAGUUGAAGUCUGAAUUAUUAGGCCUCCUAUAUGUUUAUUCCUCCAAUUUCAGUAUAACAGAGAGCAGAUUUUUCUCAACACAUUUCUAAUCAUAAUAGUUUUAAUAACUAUUUAAUAACUUUAAUAA